GAGACAUCGGCGUGGGGAAUAAUAAUCUGCCGCAUUACGACAGAGUGGCAGUUUGAAGGUCUGCGAUCUACCCAAGUGUCCGUAUCCAGUCGAGCCUCAAGAGCCAGAGAGAGAGAGAGCCGACUCCCGUACGUGGUCACACAACGCAGAAUGAAGACAACAUUACUGUCCGUCGGGCUCCUUGCCUGGCUGGUCUCUUUAGUAUCCGCCACGGCUUUGACGUACAAAAUCCAGCCUAACGAGCGCGCCUGUUUCUUUACCACACCACACAAAGUCGGCCAGAAGAUUGCCUUUUACUUUGCCGUGCAAUCCGGAGGCUCGUUCGAUAUCGACUACGAAGUUACUGGCCCGUCCGACAAGGUCAUUAUGAAUGGCGAGAAGGAGCGACAGGGAGACUUUGUCUUCACAGCACAGGAGAUGGGCGACUACAAGUUCUGUUUCAACAAUGAAAUGAGUACAUAUUCGGAGAAAUUCGUCGACUUUGAAAUUGCGGUGGAAGAUGAAGUGCGCGCGCAGCUUCCUGCCAAGCAAGGCUCAUCUCCAGAACAGACCAGUGUGCUCGAGGAAUCCAUAUACAAGAUCUCCGGCCUACUAUCUACUGUCACUCGAAACCAGAAAUACUUCCGUACUCGAGAGAACCGUAACUUCAGCACAGUUCGUAGCACCGAGUCAAGAAUUGUCAACUUCAGUUUGGUCCAAAUUGGCAUGGUGAUUGCAAUGGGCGGUCUCCAGGUAUUCAUUGUCAGGUUCUUUUUCCAAGGCGCGAGGAAGGGUUACGUAUGAGGUAGAAAAGCAAUACGUGUUAUGAUAGAGAUCUUUUCAAGGCGUCCCCUUAGACACGGGCUAAUAGUAACCUGAUGUCUUGUAUCAUCGGCGUCAAACGGGAUUCUGAGCCGUUAGGUUACAGGAUGAAAUCGAUGACCAGGUAAAGAACCUGUAGUGUAAUCUAAAAAGCCUGUACUGUAUCGGUCGCGGUAGUCUCCAACACAUUGAGCUGAUUUGAAGCUGAAAAUCUAUAGCAUUCAUGUUUGUAAGAUAUAUAGGUAGUCAUGAUUUGAAAUUGACCCCGUGUCUCUCUCUCUUUCUAA